CCUACAAAGCUUGAUACCCUACAGCCGUAAGCCACAAUUUCUCGCGUCACAAGAUCUAUCGCCCCUGUAGGAGUAGGCUCGCGCUUUCGUCUUGGUUUGCAACUCGAUUGUCGGCCCCUCCGCUCUCCCAGCGUCAAUACCAGCGCCAAACCAAAGCUAUCAGACCAAUAGCGAUGCUGGGUUAUAAGCUGAGGGGCUGCGUCAGCCGUGGCGCGCGGGACCAAUCUCAAGGGAAAAAGCUUCCAUCCGUAUGCCCUGGCGCGCGCGGGCGCAGAUCCUCGACACGCCGAGCGCCAGGGUUGGGCCGGUCCACCGUGGUAACCGUGCGGGCUGGGCCUGUGGAGAUAGACGAGGACGACCUUAUCCAGGGCAAGGACCGCUACAAGUGGUAUGAGGCCAAGUUCUGCGCCGAGGACCAGCCCGCCUGGAACAUCGGCAGCUUCGUGUCAAACGUGCAGGUGUCGCCACUGUACCGCGCCGUGACCAUGUCGGUGGAGGUCAGCCGCGAGCGCAUCCCGCUGGCCGCCGCCUACAAGGCCGCGGGGCAGCGCGCCGUGCUGCGAGUCAACAACGGCCUGGAGCGGCACUGCGCAGCUGCCACGCCGCCCUUCCCAGAGGAGAUCAACAACGAGCCGCUGUUCAAGGUCCGGGGCGACCUGUUUGCCCAGGAGAUCAAGGCGGUGCGGGAGCCCAUCAGCGUCAAGGCUCACCUGACGGUGCUAGUGACCCGCAAGGAGGCGCCCGAGGUGUGGGGCCUGGGGCCGGACGACGUGGUGGAGGUGGGCCCCUUCGCCGGCACUGGGCUGGACCUGCGCAACAGCCCGCUCAUGGCCAUAUACGCCUGCCCCACGGUGGUCAUCUUUGUGGAGGGCCGUGGCAUCGCCACCUGUCGCGCGCUGCUGGAGUCGUCCUCGGACGUGGCCAACCUCAAUCUGGGCUUCCGGCGCGACGUGCGCGUGUACUACAAGGUUCCCAACGGCGCCAGUGUGGUGUUCAAGGAGGAGUUUGCGGCCUGGGAGGCGCGGGGGCCGGUGCGCGUGUUCACAACCACCGCCAGCUUCCAGGACGCGUUUGAUGACGACGACACGCUGACCUACGACCCGGAGACCACUGGCGCCAUCAUCCUGGUGGGCGGAGAUGAGGAGGCGGAGAAGGAGGCGCGGGAGGUGUGCAAGGACGCCGACAUCAACCGCAUCCUGGCCGACAGCGUGGAGCAGGCGCCCGUGGUGCACCUGGCGCCCAACCCCUUUGAGCACCUCAUCUCGGGCAAGCCGCGCAAGCCCAUGCGCCGCAAGAGCCGCGAACAGCGCGAGGCAGAGGCCGCGGCGGCAGCAGCGGAGGUGGAGGCGGCAGCGCAGAAGGAGGCGCAGACGGCAGCGGCGGCAGCACAGGCAGGCGAGGACGACGAGGAGGAGCAUGGAAACGGGAAUGGGAAUGGCAAUGGGAACGGGUAUUACAGCUCGGCAAAGUCGCCGAGCGCGGCCGCGGCCAAGCGCUAAUCACUGGGUGGUAGGGGAGAAGGGGGUCGGCGGCGGUUAACGUAGCACCGCCGGUGGAGUAUUGGCGGCUCAUGCCCUAGGUAGUGUAGAGGUGAGAUAGCGCAUGUGUGGGGUGGGUGGGUCCUUUUAUAGGCAGGAGAGGGGCCCGGCCAACGUGAGAAAUUGACAGUGGGUUCAGCAGAGCCUGAACUUGAUGCAAUAUGAUCUGCACUGUGUGUGUGAUGAAGGUAGUGUGGUACUUGUGUUGGCUGCUCGAAGGAUAUAACUGACCCGGCAACACCGGAGGCACAUGGCCUCCGGUGUGCAGCCGCGGCAGGGGCGCAGGCCGCGCUGUGCGUCAUCAUAUCCUGUAUGCGUAUGUGUUGGCGUCGGUGCGUGUGCUGUGUAGUGUAGCUGCUUCAAGUACGGGUGCGGAUGCGGGUUGGUGAGGCUCGAGGUGCCACGUGCGACGGAGGGUGGGACAGUGAGGAAUUCAAUCUCGACGGACUUAACUGGAUACGAUAUGUGCCAGCGUGUAUUUGCAUGCACACGUGGAGCAGUGUGUAGGCGGUGUUAUCAAGGGCGCUGAAGACGGAGUCCGGAGCACGUGGGACUCAAGCAACCACCAUGACUGGACGGGAGGCCGGGCGAAUUUGCGUCGAGGGCUGCUGUAGUGGAGUUCCCCAGAAUGCAUGCGAAAGGACAUUCAGGCGUGCCCAUUGCCGCCAUGUUUUUCGCGUGCGUAGUAUGGCGCGGAGUGUGUAACUUCUCAGCGCGCCAUAAGAACUCAUCAAUGCAGGGAGCGGCACAGGCGAUCUGCUGAGGCUUGGCCCUUGAGGAUGCACACGCAGCGCACGCUUGGCGACGCCAGCGAGGAGUACCUGCCGACUACCAUGCUAUCAACGCGGUAUACGGAAGCCCUGACUGCCCGUUGAGUGCAAAGACAAACGAGAAGCUCGAGUGAAGGCGGGAAGUCUCCCCGUCUGUACCGUAUGCUAGCAUGUACAUUAAAGCAGUUGGCCCUGGGUAGGUGACGUUGCCUGUAAGGCCUGUGCCGC